GGACGGGUGGUGUCUUGAGAGCGAGGUUUUGAGAUUUCGAAAAUGCUACCAGGGAUUGAUUAAGAUCUGAUUGGGCUGGAGCUGUGCCGCCUUGCAAAGUACCGGUACUUCAAACGCACGCCCCAUUUAACGGUUUGCGCCCGCCAUUUCAAGUCACUAUACUUCAGGGGUUUGGCUGUCAAAGGGCAAAACGCGCCAUCCAAGUUCCAACUGCGAAGCGUCCAAACUCCAGGCCCAGAGAGCACAUCACCAAAAACGAGAACAAGCUCACCUGCCUUGCUGCUUUUUUGACUUUCGCGGAUCCACACGCCAGGCGCACAACCCGGUUGCCUUGCACCUAUAUUCUCAAUCGGUCUUCUUCCGUGAACUUCAUUCUACACGAAUUAGCAACACCACGAUUGCGGGCGGGACACGCCUCCAGAAGCAGCGAUGGAGGCCGAUGCGCGCAGGAUCAAGGACGAGGACGAUGGCCACAAUGUCAGAACCACCAGUGAAAAGCCAUCAUAUCGGUCAUGGAAAAAGAAGUAUCGCAAGAUGCGCAUCGUUUUCGAUGACAAGAUGAAGGCCAACGAGGAUCUUCACAUGAUGGAGCAGAAGGCGCUGGCCACGGCCAAGAGGCUCGCGAUCCAAAACGAUCGGCUGCUCGAUACCCUUCUAGAUGUCAAUAACUCGGCCCAGAUUCCGCCCGAGAAGCGAUUUGACCUUAGCGUGGACUCCCCAGUCGAUGACGACGCUCUCCGCCUCGACAUGGACAGACCAUCAACGCCAAACCGAUGCCCCAAACCCGCCAAAUCCUUCCAGAAGCUCCUCCGCGAGGUCCCACACAUCCCUUACGCUGCCGCUGCAGAACACUUCCCAGACCUCGUCUCCGAUCUCCAAGCAGGCCGAGAUUCCCCUGUCGACCCCCUCCAGGGCGCCCCCCAUCCCCCCUCCUUCCUCACCGCAGACGAUGUAGAUAACUACCUCUACGAGCUCGACCUCCGCCUCUUCGACGACACCGACCAGCUCCCCACCCUCGCUCCCCUAGCCCACCCCGAUGAGACGGCUGCUUCCCGCGAGAAGACCUCCCGCGACUACGCCCUUCGAAACCCUGUAUCCGUGCACAACUGGCUGCGUAAAAACGCGCCCAACACCUUCCUCCAAGACACAGAGCACCAUGCUGGCGCCGACAAGGACAGCACCAAGGACAAGGACGACCACUCCAGAAACGGCGCCGACGACUCCGUCAUUGCCGUCCCGAACUCCGCCUCCUCUACCCGGGGCGGCCGCGGCGGAGGUCCAGGUUCGAGAGGCGGCCCCGGCUCCCGCGGUGGUAAAGUCCGGAACGACCCAGCCGCUCGUGUUAAGCGCCAGGCCCAAGCUGCGAGGAAGGCCGCGGCCGAGAAGCUCGCCGCUUACGAAUACGAGCACGGUGGUGGUGAAAUCUGGGGCCCGAAAGAGGCGUUGAAACGCUAUGAUGCCUUGCAGGCUAGUCUUGCUUCCGGCGGUGCGAAGGGUUCUGGGGUUGGUACCGCGAGCAAGAACGACCCGGCAGCAGCUCGCACCAAGCGCCAGGGCGCGUCCGCCAGGAGGGCCACGGCGGAUAGGCUUGCUGCUGUCGAAGAUGAGCUCAGCGGUGAUGAUUUGGAGAUGAGCGAGGCGGCGAGUAUUCUUGCUUCGCCUACUCUUGCUUCCGGUGGUGGGAAGGGCACUGGCGGUGCCGCCGGCAAGAGGAAGAGGGUGGCGGAUGAUGAUCCGGGGUAUAGACCUAAGGGGGGGUCCAGCCGGCCGACCAAGAAGAAGCGUAAGAGCGAGGGCGGUGGGACAGAUGCCGGUGCGGCGACGCCCAGCGAGUCAACGAAGAGGUCAAGGAAGAGUGGUGGAUCGGGCGAUGGGGAGUCGGUGGUGUAUAAGAAAGAGGUUGACGACUGAGGAGGGCAUCGGAUUGUUCUUACCUUAUCUUUUUUUAAAGGAGUUCGUUCUCAGGGAAAAACUUGACCUCUUUUCUUCACUGUUUCUUUGCAGUGAUCUUACCGCUAUCAUCAGCAGGAAAUCACCAAGCAUACGUAUCUCAUUGGGACUUUUGACACUCAGGCUCUAUUAGAAUCAGCUUGAUUCAUCGGGCGACGGGGGGAGAUAGGAUGAUAACCAGUCGUCG